AGUAGGGAAGGGGGGAGGAGGGGAAAUUUCCUCCCCCAUGACAGGCUUCAGUCCCUGCCUAGAAUAGUCUGGCCCCUCUUUUUUACUCACCAAUCUCUCUCCUGCCUCUCCUAUCUGGGCCUGGGCCUCUCCAUUUUCCCCACAUAGUACAUUCAGUUCUAUGGAGUUUUGGAUCUGAUAUCUGCCUUUGGGAAAACAUGGAAUUGACUUCAUGCAGCCUCCUGCCUUCCUGUUUCCCCUGAUUUGGGGAAAGGGAUACACAGAAUUAAGCUCUGUACGCUAGGAAGCUGUGACAGAGCACUGAGCACAUGUGGAAACCGCUGUCAUCACCAAACACUACCGUAAACGCUGGGAGUGAACCGAGAAGCCACUGCCCUGGAAGAGCUCAGCAUUUAACUAAUGCUUAUCAGGCAUCUCCUAGGAUGCAGACACUGUUCUAGACCCAGCCCAGGUUCCUGUUCUCACGGCGUUUACUAACUGCAGGAGAAGUUCCAGCGUUCUAUAAGCAGACACGUGAAGACAUUUUGGCUGCGGGAGCUGGCAUUAAAGCACUGGGGCCCACUCCAAACUCAAGCCAUCUGUUGAGACUCUGAAUCAACAACUGUUCUCCAUUUCUGUCAGGGUUCGUGGUACCCGCGGCCACGACGCCCCCCAGCGGCCACCCUCCGCCCCGCGGUCCGGCCUGGCUCCCCAGGAGAGGAAGGGCGGAGCGAAGAGCCGGGUCCUCGGGACAGUCCCAUUCACCACUCCCAGCACAGACUACUAGGCGGUGGCCGCUAGCUAAUGGCAGUCUCAGGUCCGGAUUUCCUCUCUCAGACGUGAGGUCUUUAACUCAGGAGUGACAGAGGAGCCAUGCAGGUCAUGAAGGACGGCAGGGCCCGUUCGCCGAUGAAAAGUGAGGGUCAAAACGCGGAAGAGGGAAAACCCCGCCGCAGACGGAGGAGAGAGAGAGAGAGACGGAGCCUCAGGCCCAAGCCCUCCUCCUUCUCUUAGCCUGCAGGGCCUCUCCUCCCUUUCCGCUUUGGGACGGGAUGGCCGCCGCGAAACCAAGACGGGAAAUGGAUAGACUGAGGGGGGACAGGAGACCUUUCUGACAAAUAUUCCCAAGGAGAGGUCGUCACCGGAAGUGACUGUAAAGGCCUAUGACCCUACAAGGCCCCGCCUUCAAUUGCGCUACCAGUAGGCGACGGGCCUCUCCUACUUCCGGCCCCUGGAGCCUUAGCCAGCAGCCCCGCUUUUAUUGCUUUCCCAUUGGCUGCCGCAGGGACGCGCUGUGAUUUCCCAUUGGUCGCAUCUCUUCUCCAGUCCCGCGCCUCAUCCCUCCAGUGAAAAGCAGGCAGCCAGGACCCUCACCACGGUAGAAUGGGUGAGGAGGGGCCCCCCAGCCUGGAGUACAUCCAAGCCAAGGAUCUGUUCCCCCCCAAGGAACUAGUGAAAGAGGAGGAGAAUCUGCAGGUGCCCUUCACAGUGCUGCAGGGUGAGGGAGUGGAGUUCCUGGGCCGGGCAGCUGAUGCCCUCAUUGCCAUCUCCAACUACCGGCUGCAUAUCAAAUUCAAGGAUUCUGUCAUCAACGUCCCCCUCCGGAUGAUUGACAGUGUGGAGAGCCGUGAUAUGUUCCAGUUGCACAUUGCCUGCAAGGACUCCAAAGUGGUGAGGUGCCACUUCUCCACUUUCAAGCAGUGCCAAGAGUGGCUGUCACGGCUAAGCCGGGCCACAGCGAGACCUGCCAAGCCUGAGGACCUCUUUGCCUUUGCCUACCACGCCUGGUGCCUGGGGCUGACUGAGGAGGAUCAGCAUACCCACUUGUGUCAGCCAGGAGAACACAUACGAUGUCGGCAGGAGGCUGAGCUGGUGAGGAUGGGCUUUGACCUGCAGAAUGUCUGGAGAGUCUCUCACAUCAACAGCAACUACAAAUUGUGCCCAAGUUAUCCCCAGAAGCUGCUGGUUCCUGUGUGGAUCACAGAUAAGGAGCUGGAGAAUGUAGCUUCCUUCCGCUCAUGGAAGCGGAUCCCCGUGGUUGUGUACAGACACCUACGCAAUGGGGCUGCCAUCGCCCGCUGCAGCCAGCCGGAGAUCAGCUGGUGGGGCUGGCGCAAUGCUGACGAUGAGUACCUGGUCACAUCCAUCGCUAAAGCCUGUGCCCUCGAUCCAGGGACAAGAGCCACUGGGGGCUCCCUCGGCACUGGGAAUAGUGAUGCCAGCGAGGCAUGUGACACUGACUUCGAUUCCUCCUUGACUGCAUGCUCUGGAGUGGAGAGCACAGCGGCUCCCCAGAAGCUACUGAUUCUGGAUGCUCGGUCCUACACUGCGGCAGUGGCUAACCGGGCUAAGGGUGGAGGUUGCGAAUGCGAAGAGUACUAUCCCAACUGUGAGGUCGUGUUCAUGGGAAUGGCCAACAUCCAUGCCAUCCGGAACAGCUUCCAGUACCUCCGCGCUGUGUGUAGCCAGAUGCCAGACCCCAGCAACUGGUUGUCAGCACUGGAGAGCACCAAAUGGCUGCAGCACUUGUCGGUGAUGCUAAAGGCAGCUGUGCUUGUGGCUAAUACAGUAGACCGGGAAGGCCGGCCUGUGCUGGUGCAUUGCUCAGAUGGCUGGGAUCGGACGCCACAGAUUGUAGCCCUGGCCAAAAUACUACUGGACCCAUAUUACAGGACAUUGGAGGGCUUCCAAGUAUUAGUAGAGUCUGACUGGCUGGAUUUUGGACACAAGUUUGGAGAUCGCUGCGGCCACCAGGAGAAUGCAGAGGACCAAAAUGAACAGUGUCCUGUGUUCCUCCAGUGGCUUGAUUCUGUUCAUCAGCUGCUCAAGCAGUUCCCUUGCCUGUUUGAGUUUAACGAAGCAUUCCUGGUCAAACUGGUGCAGCACACAUACUCCUGCCUCUACGGCACGUUCCUGGCCAACAACCCCUGUGAACGAGAAAAGCGUAACAUCUACAAGCGAACCUGCUCUGUGUGGGCCCUCCUGCGAGCCGGCAAUAAGAACUUUCAUAACUUUCUCUACACACCUGGCUCAGACAUGGUCCUGCAUCCCGUGUGUCACGUCCGGGCCCUGCACCUCUGGACAGCUGUUUACUUGCCAGCAUCAUCUCCAUGCACACUCGGGGAGGAGAACAUGGAUCUUUACCUUUCCCCAGUGGCUCAGAGCCAGGAGUUCUCUGGUCGCUCUCUGGACAGAUUACCUAAAACCAGAUCUAUGGAUGAUCUUCUUUCUGCCUGUGACACAAGCAGCCCUCUGACGCGCACAUCCAGUGACCCUAACCUGAAUAACCAUUGUCAAGAGACCAGAGCAGGCCUGGAGCCCUGGCAUAGCAAUCCCGAGGGAUCAGAGACAGCCUUCGUGGAAUCUGGGGUAGGAGGUCCUCAGCAGACUGUAGGAGAAAUGGGUCUUCCCUCACCUCUGCCCAGCAGCCAGAAAGACUACUUGAGCAAUAAACAUUUCAAGAGUCACAAAAGCUGUUCUCCAAGUUACAAACUGCUCAGUGCCACAGCGCCCCAGGAAAUGAAGAGCAACUCCUCUGAUCCUGAGAUUAAAGUCAUGGAAGAGACCAAGGCAUCACCUCCAGACCCUCCUGCCCAGGAGGUGCUGUGUAGGACUUUAGAUGGCACAGAGGAGCCACCUGAACAUUUCCCUGAAAAAGAAGCUGUUAGUGCACUCUCUAAAGUAAUUUCCAACAAGUGUGAUAGAAUUUGUGAUUUUCCUGAGUCUUCCCAGGACUCCCUUACAGGUGCCCCCCAACAGGCCCAGCUAGGCUCUGUGCUAGGUGUACCCUCCAGAUCUGCUCCAGAUCACAGUCUGGGCACCCUUUGCAACCCACCGAGUGCUACCUGCCAAACUCCUCCGGACCCAAGCACUGACUUUCUCAACCAAGAUCCCCCAGAGUCUGUGGCAAGUAUCUCCCACCAGGAACAUCCCAGUUCUGUGCCAGAUCUGAUUGAUGGGGAGGAAGACACUGACAAAAAAGGGAAUAAUAGGAAUGGGCAGUUAUUGGAAAAUCCUCGCUUUGGGAAAGUGCCAUUGGAUUUGGCCCGAAAGCCAAUUUCUCAGAGCCAGAUCAGUGAGUUCUCCUUUUUAGGGUCCAACUGGGACAGUUUCCAAGGGAUGGUGACUUCAUUCCCAAGUGGGGAGACCACUCCUCGGCGGCUGCUUUCCUAUGGUUGUUGUAGCAAGAGGUCGAGCAGUAAGCAGAUGCGGCCAAUAGGGCCCUGCUUUGGGGGCCAGUGGGUUCAGAGAGAAGGGGUGAAGUCACCUCUCUGUUCUAGUCAUUCCAAUGGACACUGUACUGGUCCAGGAGGAAAAAACCGGAUAUGGUUGUCCGGUCACCCAAAGCAGGUCUCCAGCACAAAGCCUGUUCCACUGAGCUGCCCUUCUCCAGUGCCUCCUCUCUAUCUGGAUGAUGAUGGACUCCCCUUUCCCACGGAUGUGAUCCAGCAUAGACUACGGCAAAUUGAAGCAGGGUACAAGCAAGAGGUGGAGCAGCUACGUCGACAGGUGCGGGAACUGCAAAUGAGACUGGAUAUCCGUCACUGCUGUGCCCCUCCAGCAGAACCUCCCAUGGAUUAUGAGGAUGAUUUUACAUGUUUGAAGGAGUCGGAUGGAAGUGAUACAGAAGAUUUUGGCUCUGAUCACAGUGAAGACUGCCUUUCAGAAGCAAGCUGGGAACCUGUUGAUAAGAAAGAGACUGAGGUGACUCGCUGGGUUCCAGACCAUAUGGCAUCACAUUGCUAUAACUGUGACUGUGAAUUCUGGUUGGCCAAACGAAGACACCAUUGCAGAAAUUGUGGGAAUGUAUUUUGUGCCGGUUGCUGCCACCUGAAGUUGCCCAUUCCUGAUCAGCAACUCUAUGACCCAGUUCUCGUCUGUAACUCAUGUUACGAACAUAUCCAAGUAUCUCGUGCCAGGGAACUUAUGAGCCAACAUCUGAAGAAACCCAUUGCUACAGCUUCCAGUUGAAUGCCAGAGAUGACCUAUCCAAUUAUAGCAGGUUGGAAGGGAGAAUCUGCUUCUGGUAUAGUUUUGAAGGUUCCUUGGUGUGGCUCAUGAAAUCACAGAGUUCAAAGAUACCAUCUUGAGAAAUCCUUGGUAUCAUGAGACUGGAGCAGAGGAAUUCCAAUUUGACAGGAUGUCCUCUACUACGGGUGAGACCCUCACCGUGGGGUAAUGGUCCUGACCCAGACCCAGAGUCUGGAAUCUUAACGUUGAGUUGGUGACUCCAGCUUCUUUCUCCUGGGAGUCACAAGAUAAUGAUUUCAUUGAUACUGCCUGGUAAUGUGUGCCCCAAACAGCAAUAGAAAGGCAUAUGUAUAACCAAACUCCAAGUGAUAACCAGAUCCAUCUCUCCUCCACCUUGAAAUAAAGCAGAUUAUAGUAUAUAAAAUAGGAAUUCCUAUCCUAUUUGAAAUGAACUAUAUCCUGUACCUCUGUGCUCUGUGUCUGUGCAUGAAGGCUCAGUCUUUAGAGGCACUUCCUCUAGUUGCAUUAGUUCUGUCUUUCUGUGGAGUUUGGUUUUAAGACUGGUUCAGCAAGUGGAGGUUUUGCUGUAUUUUUCACUUGGCUCAUCGGCCAGCAUCAGUGAAUAUUCAGUUUAGGGGGACAGUUCUAGGGAGCGAGACAUUUUUGGGAGCAGAAAAAACUCUGCUGAUGUUCAUUCAGUCCUGGCAAAAGUCAGUUAUUUUGAGCUAUAAAGGCAGUCAUCUGUGUCAUUCAGUGAUGGCUCUUGAGGUAUGCACUGUGAAGAAUGAGAAGGGAAACGCAUAAAUUAUCCUUGUGAAAUAUUUGCUGAUUGUGCCCUGCCCUUUGCGCCUGACUCUUCCUAGUUGUCCUGGUGCUAACACAGGAGCUACACCUUGAUCCUCUCCUGGCAUGAAAAUAAAACCAUGGUGUUUUUUUGUUGUUGUUGCUCCAUUGCCCACUUUCCUCAUGUUGUCUUUCCCUUGGCUGCUGCCUCCUCUGGGUCACACUGCUUCUUAUCCUGAACACUUGACACCUUGAGGGUAGAAUUUAGUGUUUGGUUUUUACCUCCUAGAAUAUGCUGUUUGGUAUGUGAGGGUUUCAGUACAAAUGCUGCUGUUUAUUUCUGUGCACUUAACAAUGGAACCCAAACAGAAGAGAAUAAAGCCUUGAUACCAAAAUUGGGAGAGAAAAUGUGUCCAUUUGGACCAAACCUUGUUUUAUUUUUUUUCAUUUUUUUUUCAUAUUAAUAUGUACCAGUGGCACUUAACCAAAAGAUACAGUGAUAUAGCCAUGUACUGUGGGUGAGACAGAUACAGUUUUCUUAACCUAUAACAAAAUCACUAGAAUUUCCUUUAUACAUUUUUCUUAAUUUGUUGGUGUAUAAAAGGUAAAUUACACUUAGGCUUAUCCUGUUUUAAAACUACUAUGGUAGCUGUCUGCUACUUUCAUGUUGCUUCCUAGAAAAAAAAAAUUUUAUUUGAAAAAUAAUUGAACAAGAAUCAUAUUUGUCCUGACCUUUUCUUCAAUCCUACAGAGAAGCAUCUGUGCUUUUAUACUUGCCAUGGAUGUAACCUAAAAAGUUUUGGCGUAUUUAGGUCAACCUAGCAGAACUCUUUUUGAUUUAAAUGAAGUUGAAUAAUGGAGAUUUUGUGUUUGGGAAAUCCCUGAGAUCAUUGAAAAAGUAACAAACUAUCCCUUGUCUCUGACACAUAAAAUUCUUCUAAGCAUUUUCGUAAUCAUUAAAACUUACUGCCAGUUGUGAGUGGCUUUUUAAUUAACUUGAUUUCCAUUGCACAUGGGGAGUAAAAUUAGUAACCUUUGCGGGGACUGUAUCUGUCUCUCUUGUUUGGCUAUUUGGAGGGACUAUCCCAUCAGUGAACAUACUGCAUGGCCUUGGAGAGAGACUGGGCUCUCAGCUCAGAUGUGUGCAUCACAUACUCCUUUCAGAGCUCUUGUGGGUGUAAGUGACAUGACGUGGCCAAAAAUCCAAACUGUGCAGUUGCGUUGUGACAAACAUGCAAUGUGCUGUAAAAACUCAAUACAAUUUAAAUAAAAUCUCUAUAUUAGUG